GAAGUUUACUUUUUUGUUUUUUGUUUUUUGCGCUAUCUCGAUCAAACGCUAGGGUUUCGUCUAGGGUUUCUCCUCGUCCCCUUCCUCUCUCUCGACUCUUCCUCCUCCUCCUCCUCGUUAAUGGCUACUACGGGGGCAUCGGAUGGGGCGUCGGCGGCGAAGAAGGAGGGGCUGGUGACGCUGAUGAGCGGCGACGGGGAGAUCUUCGAGGUGGAGGCGGCGGCGGUGGCGGCGCUCUCGGUGACGAUCCGCCACGCGAUCGAGGAGGGGUUCGGGGAUCGGCCCAUCCCGCUCCCCAUCGUCGGCGCCCGCGCCCUCGCCCUCGCCGUCGAGUACUGCCGCAAACACCACUCCCUCGGCGGCGGCGCCGGCGAGGACUCCGCCGCCUACGACGACGAGCUCAGGGCCUUCGACCAUAACCUCGCCAAGGUCGACCGCGACACCCUCUUCGACCUCAUCGAAGCUGCUAACUAUUUGGAAAUAGAGGGUUUGCUAAAUCUGAUGUGCCGAACUGUCGCCGAAAUGAUGAAAGGGAAAUCUGUAGAAGAACUUCGGAGGACUUUCGACGUCUCGAAUGACUACACACCGGAGGAAGAGGAAGAAGUGCGAAGGGAGGUUUCAUGGGCCUUGGACUGAGGUUUGGCUAACUGUGAUCAUUUCUGCACUUGCUAGGUUUUCUUAGUAGCUAACUAAAAUGCAAGCCUGCAUUCUUGUUCUUGCAUUAGUAAACCAAAUUGUUAACUCACAGGGUCGAUUAAUGUCAGCAUGUAUAUUCUCAGACUCCUGAAAAUUUAGGAGUCAGAAUAUCUGCUAUUUCUUCAAUCUCUCUUUUUUGUCUUCCAUUUUGCCAAAGAUAAUGAUCUUUGUAAACAACUACAAUAUAAUUUCACAGCGAAUUUAUGAGCUGGAAUUUCUAAUGUAAUUGUACACUCUUGUUGUUCCAAAUGCUUCUAUUUUUUUUUUAA